AUGCGCCUCAGAGGGGUCGAUUCGGAGAUUGGGCUGGCGACGACGCUCGCGGACGACGCGCGGCUGACGUCGACGUACGAGGCGGAGGACGGAAGCGAGGUGUCGAUGGCCUGGAGUGAUGGCACGAUGGUUCGAGCGACGCGCGCGGCGAGCGUCGUCGACGACGAGUGGUGUCGAGGGAUCGCGGACGGGGUGUUGAUCGAGGUGAGCGCGCCGAUGGAUGCGCCGAGCGGCGCGGCGGAGCUCGCGGUUCGCCUCCGCGGAGCGCGGGGGGGUGAAAAGGCGCACUGGUACGGCGGCUCGCACUUGCUGAAUCAACUCUGGCCGCUUGAGCGCGGGAAGAUCGAGAAUGGGCCGUUUUACCCUUUCGAUCACGGACCCAACGGGGUCGGGAACGUCGUUGGGACGCACUGGGUGUCGAGCGACGGCGCGUUGAUUUUCGCCGACCCGAAUACCGAUUUAUUACACGUCGGAGUGAACGCGCCGAUACGGAGACCGCCGGGACAGGCGCCUAGAUAUUUUGGGGUGGGGAUCCAGAACGCGUCUCGACCGUCACUUCCUCUGGAGGACGGUUCGGGCGAGGAUGGCGACGGGACGCUCAGAAUUCAGUCUCGUGAAAACUUUGCAGACGCUAACAUGUUACACCCUUGGCAGAGCAUCGAGAGCGCAGGCAUGAAGAAUCGCGAUCGAUUGCGUCUUCGAGUCGUCGUCUCGGCACAGAGCGACGCAAAGAGCGCGACACGAGUCGCCCUCGCGCAGUUACCAAAGCCGAGCUCGGAACCGCUCAAAUCGCUCAUGUUCAAUCCAAUUUGGACCACGUGGGCGACAUCUCACGCUGACGUAACGCAAGAGUCCACGAUGGCGCUCGCGCGGGAUGUGUUGAAGGCUAAGUCCGAGUCUGGGUUACCGAACGGCUCUAUCAUCGAGAUUGACGACCGAUGGCAGACUCGCUACGGAGACCUCGACUUUGAUGUGACGAAAUUUCCCGAUCCAAAGGGCAUGGUGAGAGAGCUGCACAAGAUGGGAUUUUUGGUCACAGUGUGGGUGAUGCCGUUCUUACAAGAGAGUUCGGCCGCGUGCGAGGAGGCGAAGAGACUGGGAUAUUUAAUCGAAGGCUCGCAGCCGCCAGGGGAACUAGUCGAGGUGCUCACCGGAGGCGCUGGACAAAUGACGGGCUCGUUGGUCAAGCUCCUCGUCGAUCGCUUCGAUUGGCCCCCAGGUCACUGGGAAGGUGGUGGCGGAUCAGCGAAGCUCGAACCAGGACAGUUCCGCUGGUGGGGCACGCAACCCGUACGCGCGAUAGAUUUUACGAACGACGACGCGUGCGAGUGGUUCGUUCGUCGCUUGCAAAAGCUUCAAGACGACAUCGGUCUCGACGGUUUCAAAUUCGACGCUGGUGAGCCGUGUUUUAUGCCCUACGGUGCUCGUACACGCGUGCCCAUUCGGCAUCCGCAAGAGUACAGUCAAGCGUACAUCGAAAAAGUAUGCUCAAAGUUUCCCCUGAGCGAGGUGCGCGUCGCAAUGAGCACAAACUCGUACACUGGAUUGGUGAGAAUGGGUGAUAAGGACUCCGUAUGGGGUAGCGACAACGGGCUACAGAGUCUCAUUCCAAGUCUUCUCACAUCGUCCGUCCUCGGGUAUCCGUUCACGCUUCCGGACAUAAUCGGUGGAAACGCGUAUUGGAACCAGACGCCGGACACAGAGCUCAUGAUUCGAUGGGCUCAAGCGAGCGCGCUGAUGCCCGCCGUGCAGUGGUCGAUUCCUCCAUGGGAUAUCAGCAAGGAGGCUUACGAGGCGAGUAUCAAGGUGAUGCGCGUGCGCGAGAAACUUCUCUUGCCCAAGCUCGCCAAGCUCGCGCACGAGGCGAAGGAGUCGCUCGAGCCCAUCUGUCGCCCGAUGUGGUGGCUCGAUCCAAAGGAUCCUGAAACGUUCGUCAUCGACGAUCAAUUCGUCGUUGGAGAAGACAUCAUCGUCGCGCCCGUUAUUCAAAAGGGUGCGACGUCGAGAACGGUGUAUUUUCCAAGUGGAACGUGGCGAAGAUACGACGAUCCAAGCGUCGUCAUCAGCGGCGCUCGACGCAUCCUUGUCGACGCGCCGCUCGACGCCCUCCCGGUGUUCGUUCGCGCCAACGUCUAG